UCCAAUUUCCACCCUCCUUCUCUAAUCUCUCUUCACUCAAUGGAAAAAGCAGAGCUUUCUGGUUCAAGUCCAUGGGAAUUAAUAACAAGCUGGUUUACACCCAAAAUUCUUUUCUGUGCCCUCAACAUCAUGAUCGGCACCAUUUUCGUCUCUUCCAACCUCAAAUCCCGCACCAAACACGACGAAAUCCACGAUCAUGAUCAACAUUAUUAUAACCAAUUACAUCCAAAUCAGCUCACAAGGCCUCCUUCUCUUCUCCAAAGGGUCAGAUCCUUCGAUUUCUCUCUCUUCCCUUCUCAUCCUCAAGAUCAUCAUCAAGCACUUGAAUCUUCUCCAUCUCCAUCACCAACUCUCCUUCAGAGGGUGAAAUCAAUUAAACUAUCUCGUCUCUACAGUAAUACUUCUCCGGCCGAUACCCAUUUAGUUGAACAGACAGUAGCCGCCGAUGACCACCAAGAAGUAAUUCCGAGCAAAUCGGACCAUGCCGGAAAGUCGCCGGAGAAGAUGAAGAAAUCAGCAAGUAUGAAGCCAACUGCGGCGGCGAAGAUGACUGAUCAGGAGGAGGAGGAGGACCAGAUUCGGCCGGCGACGACAAGGGAGGGAAAGAAAACAGCUUGUGGAGUGGACGAAGAGGUAGAUGCUAAAGCCGAUGAUUUCAUCAACAGGUUUAGGCAACAAUUAAAGUUGCAGAGGCUGGAGUCUUUAUUGAGAUAUAGGGAAAUGUUGAAGAGAGGAUCAUUCAACAAGAGAGAAUAAGUAUUAAUUAAUUGUAAUUGAAUGAUUUAUAAUUUUAAUCUUCCAAUUUCAUCAUUCUAAUAAGGUUUAAAUAAAAUUUUAUGCAACCAUGAAGAAGAUGCAAUGAUUGGAAGUUGUAUUGGACUGAAUCUAGGUCUUGGGGAUUUUUAUUUAUUUAUUUGGGAGAUGAACUAUAGUAUAUGUUUUGUUU